UUGCACGAUUACCAUAACAACGACAUCCGUAACCUUGCCAUUAUUGCCCACGUCGACCACGGGAAGACCACCCUGGUCGACGCCUUGUUGAAACAGGGCAAGGUUUUUCGGGCUCACCAGCAGGUGGGCACACUGAUUAUGGACACCAACCCGCUGGAGCGAGAGCGCGGCAUCACCAUUCUGGCCAAAAACGCCUCGGUCUCCUACGGCGAUGUCCGAAUCAACGUCAUAGAUACGCCGGGCCACGCCGACUUCAGCGGAGAGGUGGAACGCGUAAUGAACAUGGCAGACGGAUGUCUACUGCUGGUGGACGCCGUGGACGGGCCCAUGCCCCAGACCACAUAUGUGCUGCGCCAGGCCCUGCGUCAGAGCGUCAAUCCCCUGGUGGUCAUCAAUAAGAUAGACCGCCCCGAAGCUCGGGUGGCGGAAGUCGUCGAAAUGGUCCAGGACCUGUUCCUGGAAGUUGCCACCACCGCGGAACAACUCGAUUAUCCGGUCCUGUACGCCUCGGCCAAACAGGGCUUCGCCACCAGGAGCCUGGACACGCCAGGGUCGGACAUGCAGCCGCUCUUUGAAGCCAUCCUGGAUUCGGUGCCUCCGCCGGCGGGUAACCCGGACGCUCCACUGCAGAUGCUGGUUGCCGCCCUUGACUACGAUAACUACCUCGGACAGGUUGCCGUGGGCCGGAUUACCAACGGAAUUAUCAGACUGCACGACAGAGUGGCCCUGUUGGGCCGCGACGACGCUUUCACCAUCCACAAUGUUGAGCGUAUCUUCGUGUUCCACGGGAUGGACCGAGUGGAGGUAGCCGAAGCUCGUACCGGAGACAUUGUGGCCGUGACCGGUCCUGAGGGAGUGUCCAUAGGCGACACUAUCGCAUCGCUGGAAAACCCGGUGGCGCUGCCGUCCAUCGAUAUCGGUGAACCCACAGUUCGGAUGACGUUUGGUGUCAAUACCUCACCCUUCAUGGGCAAAGAGGGCUCGCACUGCACUUCCCGCAAUCUCCACGAACGGUUGAUGCGUGAACUGAGGACCAACGUGAGCCUGCGGGUGGAGCCCACUACCAGCCCCGAUGUGUUCGUGGUCGCCGGACGGGGGGAAUUGCACCUGUCGAUCCUGGUUGAAACCAUGCGGCGCGAACAGUAUGAAUUUCAGGUAUCCCGACCUACGCCCGUUAACAAGGUAAUUGACGGAAAGACCUGCGAGCCGUACGAGAUUCUGAAUGUCACCACCCAUGAAGACUAUAUGGGCCCGCUUACAGAGUACUUGUCAGCCCAUAUGGCUCGAACGCGGGACAUGCGGUACAGCGGGGAUGGAUAUGUCCACCUGGAGUACGAGAUACCCACCAGAGGCCUGAUCGGCUUCAACGCUUUCUUUAACCGCAUCACCCGAGGCGACGGCGUGAAAAGCAGCAUCUUCACGUCUUACCAGCCGAUGGAAGGGGAAAUAAAAUCCAGGCGCAGCGGAGUGCUCGUGGCAUCCGAGGACGGGGUGGCCGUCGUCUACGGGCUACUUAAGCCCAGGGCCGUGGCGAUACUUUCAUAG